GUAGUUACCAUAGAUACCUCCUUGCUUGACCAAAUGUGCCCGCACAUGUUGAGAAAUGUUCGAAUAUUGAGCAGGAACUUCCACAUCUUCAUCCUCUCCUUGAUGAGAGAGAGAGAGAGUGAACAGAAAUAGUAUGGAAGAAGAAGAAGAGAUAACAUGGGAACAGAGACAUCAAGCCCUAACCCACAUCCUAACCAGUCCCACGAGAAGACCUCCUCUCUAUUCUCAAUUCUUCAUCUCCACCCAAAUCCCAUGCUACCUUAACUGGGACUACCCUCCCGUCCUCUGCACCAAAUCCUCAAAAACUUUCCCUUCUCUUCACUUGAGAUGGGGAAUCUCUCUUUUCCUUAAAAGGGUCUCGAAUUCUGGUCCUCCCGAGACCUCUUGGAGGUCCAAAUGCCCUUAUCUUCAGCCCCCGCCGUUGGUUCUCGCAAAAGGAUUGGAGGAAGCUCAGUGGGGUGAUGAACAGAGGAGACUGUAUUUCAGGAAGAGGCUCAGAAGGAAACGCCUUAAGAGCGAUGUUAAUCCUUUGAUUCCUUUUUUGGUUCCUAAUCUCUUGUUGUUUUCUCUUCUGCUUUGGGACCCUUUUCCUUCAGAUGGCUUCUGAGAGAGUUUAGUCCUUCUUGACAUCUUAAACUUUGUUCCGAUUAAUUUCUCUCUGCUGAAAUAUAAUUUUGAAGCUGUAUUUUACGGUUUUAUAGACAUUUGCCCAGAUGGGGUCUGAAUAAAAAUACUUGCUCGAUCUAGAA